AUGGAUUCUCUCAUCUUUCGUGCCUUGAUGGGCCUCAGUUUCCCUCAAGACUCCCGGGAAGAGGUACAAUCCGAAUCCUCAGUUAUCAAGAUCCAGAUUGACCCUGUGGGAUCAUCAGAGGAUAUGAUUUGCGUCGAAAGCCUGGAACAGUCCCAACGCGGCAUUGACCGUAUCGUUGGGCGUUUCGUCCCAAAGAAUAAGUUCAAAUCACCACCCGAAAUAGUGGAAAACUCCGCCACCGGAUUCCGAGCAGCCACCCGUCAGUGGAGGGACGCCAAUCCAAGACCUUGGUGCAUACUAGAAGGAUAUCAUAUUUUCGACUCUGGUCUUUCCAAGUCAACCAUUGUAUCGAAAGCCUUUCGAUAUAUGAAGAAGGAAUUGGCCGAAAUUUCUGGGCAGUCAGAUUUGCUCUGGAGGCGGACUGUUAGAAGGCUGCAACUGGAGAGCGACCACGACGGAGUACUAAGAGCAUUAAUUGUAUGCGAGACGUAUUCCGCGAAAUCAGUUGCCACCAAGAUCAGAAAUAACUCGCUCCUUUUAGCACCCACAAAGCGAUUCUUGACAGAAUUUAGACAACUUGGUGAAAUAUACCGCCCGCGUAGGACGAGCCGCAAUCUUGAGCAAAUCUUUCAACUCCAACUCCACCAUGCCAACCUGAACCUAUUUUCAGACUUCUUACAGAGCUUCGCAACAGACUAUGCCGCUCCUCGCAUGUUUAUGUUUGACUCUCGGGAAGUCGAACUGCGGCGCUGGAAUCUCAAGGCCAUCAUGACGGACUCCCAUCUCUAUAGGCAAUUCUCAAGCCUUGGCGCCGAACUGACGACUACCACCGAGUCGCUACUUGACAUUGUCUUAGCCCUAGAGGACAGCGCAAGGCAGGAUGUUACAGAGCUGACAGUUUUGGGUGCUGAGAUCCGGGGCUGUAGCAAGGACAUCAUGACGCGUCUCAGCAGAUUGUCAGACGAUCUGGACCACAACCUUCAGCUACUUAGACUGUCCAAGGAUAUGAACCAGUCGGGCAACGUCCAAAUGUUAACGCUGUUAGCCACAAUUUUCCUGCCUCUGUCCCUAUCAGCCGGCGUCCUCAGCAUGCAGUCGCGCUUUAAAGACUUGGGCGACCUGCUGUACGAUUUCUUCGGCGUUGUGGUUCUCCUUGGGGCGGGGGUUGCACUUUUGGUAACGGUUAUGCUUUUAUUUUCCUCGAUGAAAGAACUGGAGAGCAGACUCUUCAAGUACCAUUGGUACAAGGCCAUACUACGUCCUGUAAUCUUGCUAACGAUAUCUGGCAUCACGUUCACACUGGGCGCCCUCGUGCUGGCAUCUUUUCUGGUGGGCAUGUUCAAGGACGUGGUACUUGGAGCAAAGAUUCUGGGCUACGGAAUCGCCGCGGCGAUUGGCGCAUUGGUGGUGAUUCCAUAUGGAACUCUUUUGGUGUUCUGGUUUCCUAAUUUAUGGGAGUUCGGAGGGUCGAAGAAGAAGAAGCAAAGCGAUGUCAAGAGUGAGCCGAAAGGAAAAGAAGCUGCUGCAGAUGGCUCUCAGGAAGCAGGCGUUACAAUACAAGCUGAUCUCAAUGGCGUAGAUGACAGCUCUACGCCGCCAGCUGCGCGUGCUGGAGAUGAGUCUCCAGAAAAGAGCAUCCCCAAUGUGACAGAGGUAGGGCCAUAAAUUUAAUAUGUUAUAUAUGAAUUGAUCCUCGAUGGCGAUAUUAAAUAGCUUUUAUCAUCAUGACAUUCAAGCUAGAGUCACUGAUAAC